AUGGCUGAAUACGCGUCGCAAACUGUUGCUCAAUUGAAAGAAUUGUUGAAGGCUAAGGGGUUGGCCACAGAUGGGAAAAAGGCUGACUUGGUUCAACGUUUAACUGAUGCGGAAUCUCCCGCUGCUCCAGUUGCUGCUGAGCAAACCGAAUCCAUUGCUGAACCUGUUGCUGCUCCGGAAGUCGCUCCAGUCGAAGCUUCUGCUGCUGCUACCACCGCUGAGACCGCUGCUGCUGAACCAGUUGCUGCCGAUGCUGCUGCUGCUCCAGCUACUGGUUCUGCUGCUCCAUCUACUGAUGCUGCACCAGUCACUGAAACUGCUCCAGAACCAGAAAAGGUAAAGGUAUUGACUGCUGAUGAAAGAAAACAACUUGCUGUAGAAUUAAUAACUAAAAAGAUCCAAAGAGCUGAGAAAUUCGGUGAUGAAAAGGCCGCUCAAGAUGCCAAGAAGGAUCUUUCCAGAGUGCAAAAGUUUGGUGUUGAAUUGGGAACUGCUCUUGCCAAUGAAAUUGGUCUUGUAGACAAAUCCUUGGGUAACGGACACGGUAGAGUUGGAAAGAAGAACUUCAAGAGGGGAAAGAACUCCAAGCCAAGACACAAGAAGAAGAACUAA